GUUUGCCAACGACAGGCGUUUGAUGCGGACGCGACGGCGCAAGUAAAUAAUAACAAGACGCGAACGUUGCGCGCAGGCGCAUUAACCAACAAAAACACAUAUUAUUUAGUAGCAGCCGACGCAUUACUUAAAUGCAUUAAAAAUUGAACGAAAUUGUGAAUUGGAUUUACGAGACGAUUAUAAAAAUACAAACAAAAAAUUAAAAUAAAUUAGUGAAAAAAUCAAAAUUGAAAUAAAUAAAAUAAGAAACAAAUAAAACAACGAAUACAAAAACAAACAACGAUAUUUAUAUGCCGGUUUUGUAUUAACUGACAAGUUUGACACCAGCUGAAUAAAGGAUAAAUAUAUCCAGCAUGAAGGGCUGGUUCGACGCAUUUCGAGACGAUGGCGGUCCAACGCUUUAUUCAUUCUCAAAUCGAACACCCGUCACAGGCGAUGUCUCCAUUGUGGCUGUCUCAGUGCUCUUUGCCACAUUCUAUGUGGCGUUCCUCGUCAUAUUUCCGGGUGUGCGUAAGCAGAAGUUCACAACAUUCUCGACGGUCACACUGAGUCUCUUUGUGGGUCUAGUCAUACUGAUUACCCGGCUGGGCUCAGCGUGGCAUGUGGCACAUGCAACAAUCAUUGCACCAUAUAAGGCAUUCUCACGCGAGAAACUGCCCGCCCGCAUCGGCACCCACAUCGGACUGAUGCACGUCAAUGUGACACUGACAGCCAUUCCCAUCGGCAACUGGACGCAGCCCGACAUUGACUACAACGAACGCUUCAGCUGGGAGGGAGCGAAUGAUAUGAGCGCUAAUUAUCACUUGGCUCUGCAGCGCGGCUUGCCCUUUCCCAUACUGACGGUGGCCGAGUAUUUCAGCUUGGGUCGCGAGGGUUUCUCGUGGGGUGGUCAGUAUCGUGCCGCUGGCUACUUUGCCAGCAUCAUGCUGUGGGCCUCGCUGGCCUCGUGGCUGCUGAUGAAUUUGCUGCUGUUGGCGGUGCCGCGCUAUGGGGCCUAUCUGAAAGCUCUGACGGGCGCCCUGCUCGUCUGCACAGCUGUGGGCUACCACUGCCUGUUGCCGCAGCGGCCAUUGUGCAUAUUUCUGGAGGGCGGACGACUGGAGUUCCACUUUGGCUGGUGUUUCUGGCUGGUCCUGGUUGCAGGCAUUCUCUGCUUUAUUGCCGGCGUGCUGAUCUCCAUCAUUGACCUGGUCUGGCCGCAUACGUUCUCCACUGUGCUGGAAGUCUACUAUGGCACACCUUACGAUCGCCAUGUCAUACUGGAGGAGUCGAGCGAUGUUCGCUAUCGCAAGUCGCGCAACAGUCGCGGUCUGGAGGAGCCGCCUGGUCUCGGCUCGCGCAUCUUGCGUCGCCUCAGCUCCAAGGCGCGUGAUAUGCAGCCGCAUGCCACAGCGCCGCGACGCGGCAGUCCCGCCGGUGUCUCCAGCAACGGCGUAGAGAACAAGGCAUUUCAGGGCGAUGUGCCCAAGAGUCCUUGGCGUCAUCCCUUCCGCCGCGCCCAACAGCUGCCGCACACGUCGCAUUCAGCCUCGUCGCAUCCAAUGCAUCAGCAUCAUCAUCAGCAGCAGCUGCAGUUUGUGGGCGGCGGUCCAGUCGGCGCUCAUCCCAUGCACCAUAUGCAGCGCACCCUCUCACAGGACUCGGGCUCCAGCAUAGCCUCCGCUGCUGUGCAAAUAUCACCUUUGCAUAAGCAUGCAAUGGCCCGAAUGCUGCCUAAUCCGCCUGUGGAACGCGUACGCGACAUGGAUCACUGGUAAUGUGCUGGAGCACACAUCCUGGGCGAGUCCUUAACGAAUUCUUGACAAUUCAACAAAUUCUAAUUGACAAAACAAAUGAAACAAAAACAUCAAGAAAAAAA